UCAAAAGAAAACAAAUAUACCUUCCUCGAAGUUGGUUCUUUUCGUCGUAGCACAUUUACUCAAAAAUGGGUAAAUUGAACAAAAAGAUCUUGAAGCACAAAAUUGCCCAGAAAUCGGCAGAAGAUGCUUCAGUGAAAGGCCCUUUUCCAAUCUAUCGCUCUACGGCUGUUCAGCUGAAUGGUCCCGAGCCAAAGAGUUUCAAAAUCAUCGAGCGAAAACCUAAACCGAAAGAUAAACCGAAACUUGCUGAGCCACAGAAUUCUGAACCGUCGACAACUGAUACGGAUGAUCACGUUGACGGACAGAAAGUGAAAAAGUUACGAAAGUUGGCCAUUUCACGAUUGUCCAAAAAGGAGAAAAAGCAGUUCCGAAAAGAUGAAAUGCUCAAGAAGAUCGAGCUCACGAAAGAUGCAUUUAAAAAGGACAAAGAGCGGAAAAAGCGCGAGAAAACGGCAAUUACCGGGGACCUGAGACCAUUGCUGGACGCUCUUCCGUCGCUGGAUUCAUUGUUUGAAAUAAAAUCAUCAACCAAGCUCAAGACGGGAGUACCACAGUUCGACAAAAAACCAGAGCCCAAAAGCAAAAAAUCACGCAGAGCUCUUCGCAUGAAGCAACGCAAACGAGAAUUUAUCACCCGCUGUACGGCCAUGAAGCAAGUUAUUAACGAUAAAAAGUUUCAAAAAGAUCCAAAAAAGGUUAUUGCAGAGCAUAUCAAAAACACUCGUAAGGAACAACUGGCGCUAUUGAUGGGAACUGCAUCUAGCUAAUCAUCUGUGGUAACGAAUGCAAGUUACUCUACAAAUCUAUCUACCAUUGUAUACUUUGAAAGUAAUUAAAUAUGUUACAUUUU